UGUUGCCAAAAGAUUAUGUGUUCUUCUCAUUUGAGCUAAUCCAGUUAUGGAUGGCACAAGGACUCCUUCAUUCAGAUAGCAAAGAUCCUGAGUCUGUUGGGGAGCAAUACUUCAAUGAAUUGUGGUCUCGCGGUUUACUCGAAAACGUUGAGGAGCAUGCUCUUGGAUAUUGGUUCAAAAUCCAUAGCCUUGUUCAUGAUCUUGCAGUACAAGAGGCUAGGAAAGAACAACAGAACCUGGAAAGUUUGCAUCAGUUGUCAUUUGUCGACUGCAACAAGGAUUUGCACCGGCCGACAUGUGAUAAAAUUUGUGUUCUUUCCAAUCCAGUGGGAGGAGGUGUGGAGCCAAAGAUCAAUCCAGUUCCUCUUUUCAAAUGCAUCACCAAGUUCAAGCAGCUAAGGGUCUUAUACUUAUGCAACUCUUCCUUGGAAGAAAUUCCAACCUCCAUCGACACGCUGAAACGUUUGAGGUACUUAGAUUUGCGAGGGAGCCGACGACUGAAGAGGUUGCCAGAAUCAAUUUGCAAGCUACAGAUCCUGCAGACCCUGAUACUUGCAUUCUGCUCAGAGUUUGAAGAACUUCCCAGAAACAUAAAGAACAUGAUCGGCCUCAGAUUCUUAUGGAUACAGACAAAGCAAGCCCGCUUGGGAAAGGAUGCAAUAGGAAGCUUAACAUCGCUUCGCUUUCUCGCCAUCGGAGGGAGCGAAAACUUGACUCACUUGUUUGAAGAUAUUGACAGACUCAAUUCCCUUCAAACACUGAUCAUUUAUGAUUGCAAAUCGCUGGUAACAUUGCCAAAAGGCAUGAAAAGCUUGAGUACGUUGUUUAAUAUGGCACUAUGGGGGUGUGAGCGGCUGAGAUUGACAUUCCCAAUAGAAAUCAUUCGUCUCAAAAAACUGAUACUCAGAGGACUUCCAGCAUUGACCAAUUUGCCGAUGUGGAUCUAUUAUUCUGUGGAGAAUUUAGAAGUGCUAGAAGUGGGAGAGCUUCCCAGGCUAAGAGCAUUACCUACCUGUCUCGAAGAUUUAUGGGCACUUCGAAUUCUUAGGAUCUCCAACUGUCCUAUGCUGGCGGGAUAUAUGCAUCCUAUUCUACAAAAUUGGAAUAAGAUGAAGGAAUUGAGGAUCACGUUUUGUGGGUUGCUUAGCAAACAAGUUUUGAAGGAAGCCAAUCAACCAGAGUUCGCUACCUCUCGCAUCUUUACCAUUUAUGUGGACUUCAAAAUAAUCAAGCUACGAGUAGCAUCAAAGGACAAGGACAAGGACAAGGACAAGGCAGAAGCUAAACAAACUAAAGAAGUAAAUAAUGAUGAGCGUAAGAGUGAUGCUCAUCAAACUAGAUUGAACAAUGCUGCUGGAGAGGUAUCAAAACAAGAUGGUAUUGGUCUUCCUGGGGCCAGACCAACUAGACAAGAAGAACACGAUGAUCAUCAUGAAGCUAAGAAUAAUGGACAAGCUUUAAAAGCACAACAGCAUAAGGGUAAUAAUGAUCCUCGUUUUGGGACUGAACAACCUUUAAAAGCAGAAGAUCCUAAGGAUAUUGAUGGCACAGUACGGACGGUUCCUAUUAUGGAUGUGAACUCAUCUCCAAGCAACACAUGAUGGAGCAGAAGAAGAUGUAACUACUGAUGAUACUCAUUUUGGGGCUAAACAAACUGAAGAAACUAAAAAGGAUUUAGCUGUGCUACUCAUACUCCAUACUCAUACUCAUAUUGAUGUUACCAAAAUUGAAGCAGAAGCAACACAUUUUAUUUUAAAACUUCCAUACGAUAGGAAGUGUUA